CUUCUGAAGUCUGGAAAACUGGAAAUAUUAACCGGUGGCUGGGUGAUGACGGAUGAAGCUAAUUCGCACUACUUCGGGAUCAUAAGCCAGUUGAUUGAGGGCCACGAAUGGCUGAGUAAUCAUAUCGGAGAAGAUUAUAAGCCGCGGAAUCACUGGUCAAUUGAUCCGUUUGGACUCAGUCCAACCGUUUCGUAUUUUAUGAAAAAAUCGAAUUUUUCGAACGGUGUGCUGCAAAGGGUACAUUAUUCCGUUAAAAAACAUUUGGCUGGGACGAAACAGUUGGAAUUUAUUUGGAGGCAGUUGUGGACGGAAAGGCAAGUUUCGAGUGUUUGUCUCAAAGACUUUUCAUACAUAAGUGUUGUUGCGGAUGGAGUUCGUCUCGGGAUUAGCGGGGCGGCAUUACUGUACGACCAAUAUCGGAAAAAGGCUCAGCUUUUCAAGACUAAUGUUAUUUUGGUGCCGCUGGGGGAUGAUUUUCGCUACGAUACACCAUUUGAGUGGGAGAGCCAGUUUACGAACUACAUGAAGUUGUUCAAGUAUAUGAAUGCACAGCUUCCAUGGAAUGUGAAUGUGCGUCUUCAACGUUUUUUGCCAGCGCUUUUGUUUUAG